AUGGCUGACGCUUCUACCCAGGCCGAGGAAUCGUAUCAGCCGAACUCAAAGUCGAAGAAAGGGAAGCACAAGACCCAGAUCCAAAGCGUCUCGCUUCCGCUGGACCAACGCCAUAAAAAGAGUGCGUACCUGGUUAUGCGCUGCGUUACGCCGAUCUUACGCACUGCCAGCCGCAUCGAGGAGAUGUACAAGAAACACAAGGAGGACUUCCAAACCUGGGAUCCAAAGGUUAAGUCAUACACGCUUCAGUACCUCUACCGAGCCGCAAGCACUUGGACGCCACCAACUGCGCAGGUUGAUGAAUCUGCUGCUGCGCCCAUCGAGUCCGGCAACGCCGAGGAGGCUGCUGAUUACUUCGACUCUCUUUGA